AUGGUCCACCACGAGGAUUGGUACCUUUCCACGUAUUCGACAAACGAUAAUAUCACACUCAAGCGCUCUCGAGCCUUGACCGAUAAUUGGGACAAUGCGGAAACUAAAUUGGUCUUCAAGCCUGACUCUUCCAGCGGCGAGCCUUGGAGCACAGAUAGCCACUCCAGACGCAGACUCACCCCACCCUCUACAAGACGCGAUGUGCCCAUUCGAAUGUCCGGCCGUGAACCACCGAAUGUUCGUCCUCGAGAGCGACGGGCCGGACCCCUGGACUCAAACUACACAGUGAAAGGAAUGCUCAACACAUUCGACCAAUUCGCCAUCGACGGCACCUAUAUUCGACACAAGGAUGUACUCUACCACAUCUACAGCUGCUGGAAGAAUUUCUAUGGCGCCUGGCCCGCAAACCUCUGCAUUACACGCCUAAGCAAUCCUUGGAACAUAUCAUCAACCCUGACCGAACGAAGAACGAUCUCGUUUCCUAACGAACCGUGGAACAAGCCCCAUACGGACGGCCCGACAGGACAGAACCUCGUGCUGUACUCCGCUGCCCGGGUGAAUACCCCGUUCUACUGUCUUGGAAUGCUGGACCUUGUUGGUGAUGAUCUGAUGGAAUAUCAGAGUUGGAAGAAGCACCGGGAUGGAUGCUUUUUUCACCAGAAUCCUGAUGCUGGUGUUUACGGAACGGGCCAUGCGAGUUACACGACUAGUCCUGAAGGCUCGGAGAGUUAUGUUGUUUACCCUGCUCUGACUACGAACGAUCCCGACGAAUUUUAUCGCACGGUGCGGACGCAGAAGAUGGAAUGGAACGAAGAUGGGACGCUGAGCUUCCCGAAGGCUAUGAAUGGUCCAUUCCCUGUUCCCAAGGGCCAACAUUAG